AUGGCGCUGUGGGCAAAGGCCAGAGUGUGGAUGGCAGGGCCCUGGCUGUCCCUGCACAGGGCGCGCACACUGGGCACCAGAGCCACUCCGACCCCCAAGGCGGUGCUGCCCUUCGAAGCCGUGCCCCGGUGUCCCGGCCACAAGUGGAUGCGGGUGCUUCAGAUCUGGAAGGAGCAGGGCUCUGAGAACAUACACCUGGACAUGCAUCAGACCUUCCAGGAGCUGGGGCCCAUUUUCAGGUAUGACGUGGGAGGGAGACACAUGGUGUUUGUGAUGCUGCCCGAGGACGUGGAGCGGCUGCAGCAGGUGGAGAGCCCUCACCCCCGGCGGAUGUUCCUGGAGCCCUGGCUGGCCUACCGACAGGAUCGUGGCCUCACGUGCGGCGUGUUCUUGCUAAACGGACCCCAGUGGCGUUUGGACCGACUGCGGCUGAACCCAGACGUGCUGUCGCUGCAGGCUGUGCAGAAGUACACGCCCUUGGUGGAUCGGGUGGCCAGGGAUUUCUCCCGGGCCCUGAAGGCGAGGGUGGUGCAGAAUGCCCGAGGGAGUCUGACCCUGGACAUCAGGCCCAGCAUCUUCCACUACGCCAUCGAAGCCAGCCACUUAGUCCUUUACGGAGAGCAGCUGGGUCUCUUUGCCCAGCACCCGAAUCCUGACAGCCUGAACUUUAUCCACGCUCUGGAGGCCAUGUUCAAGUCCACCGUGCAGCUCAUGUUCGUGCCCAGGAGCCUGUCUCGCUGGACGAGCGCCAGCGUGUGGAACGAGCACUUUGAGGCCUGGGACUACAUCUUCCAGUACGCCAACAGAGCCAUCCGGAGAAUAUAUCAGGAGCUGGCCCUCGGCCACCCGUGGCACUACAGCGGCAUCGUGGCGGAGCUGCUGAUGCGUGCGGACAUGACCCUGGACACCAUCAAGGCCAACUCUAUCGACCUCACUGCUGGGAGCGUGGACACGACGGCCUUCCCCUUGUUGAUGACUCUCUUUGAACUGGCUCGGAACCCGGAAGUGCAGCAGGCCCUGCGCCAGGAGAGCCUGGUGGCCGAGGCCAGGGUCUCAGAAAAUCCCCAGAGGGUGACCACGGAGCUGCCCCUGCUGCGGGCGGCCCUCAAGGAGACCUUGAGGCUGUACCCCGUGGGUGUCUUCUUGGAGCGACAGGUGAGCUCAGACUUGGUGCUGCAGAACUACCACAUCCCGGCCGGGACAUUGGUGAAGGUGCUACUGUACUCCCUGGGUCGAAACCCCGCCAUGUUCAGCAGGCCCGAGCGCUAUGAGCCCCAGCGCUGGCUGGACAGCCGAGCCUCUGGUACCAGGUUCCCACACCUGGCCUUUGGCUUUGGCGUGCGCCAGUGCCUGGGGCGGCGCCUGGCAGAGGUGGAGAUGCUGCUUCUGCUGCACCACGUGCUGAAAAACUUCCUGGUGGAGACGCUGGUGCAAGAGGACGUAAAGAUGAUCUACCGUUUCGUGUUGAUGCCCUCUACCCUCCCCCUCCUCACCUUCCGGGCCAUCAGCUAGUCACGUCGCCACUCGGUCGGGCUAGUCACACCACAAGCUCCCUCUGCCUGACCCCAGGCCACCCCUCUUUUCUCCCAUGGGCCCUGCUUCCUGAGCCACACCACAGUCCAGGCAGCGCGUUGCACAAAUGGAACAGCCCAGCCCUCCGAGGGUCAGGGCUUGCCAGCCUGUGCAGCAAGGCCCGAGCAGAGCUGGAGAUGAAACUUGGUCGCAGGUCCUGGCCCUGUGCCCGGUCCCAGCAGGGCCCUGUCCUGCAAGGAGUACCAUCUGAGGGCCUUGGAGCCCCUGUUGCCCCAGCUCCAGGCUCCCUGUGUGUCCAUCCAAGCAAAGGGGCCUCAGACGCCGCCCUUUGCCGCCCUGUCCAGUCUCUAUGCCCUCUGUGCUAAACUCUGCCCCCACGCAAGAGAUGACAACUUGGGCGUCCCCUGUCCUGCUCGGUACCAUUUCCAAUGCCGUCCCUUUUGUCUGCAGUGCUCUGGCGUGGACUUGCCCUUCAAGCUGGGCUGCUAGCUGUCCAUCUACCUGCUCCACUCAGUCCGCAGGGGCUCCUCCUGGCAGUGCCAGCCCUCUGGGAUUGUGGCUGAAGUGCCCAGCCGAGGGCCUGCAUAGGCAGGUCAGCAGUCAUGUUUACUAGAAGGGUAGCUACCAAAGAACCAACUUGGACAUCUGGGUCAAUGGUAUGCAUCGGACAGCAGGAGGCAUGUUGACCGCCUCCGGCAGGAGUUCGGGGGCCACAGAGAAGCCUCUAGAGGAGGGCGUGGGGCCAUCUCGUGCUCCCUUUAGGGGAGCCGGUCUGGAGGGCCCCACUGCCCUCGUGCAGUGCCCCGUGCCCCAGAGCAGAGCAGCCACCCUAACCUCAUGGGUGGAAGAGGCUUUGAACAACUGAGAGCCAGCCGGGGUCCCCUAGUUGGCAGGAGCGUGUCUGUCCCAUGCCACCUGGGGUCAGGUGACACCCCCAGGAAGAAAGGGGGCCCAGAGGCAAGAGGGGGUGCUGGGGCCUCUCCACUCUCCCUCCCUCCCCACUCCCACCUCGUCUGGUGAGAAGCAGGUCCUCAGUCACGGCGAGGCAGUAGGGCAGGAGGAGUUGUGUUUCUGGCUGCGCCGGCUCUGCUGGCACUGAGCCACCCCGAUGGCAUCUGUUCGGUGCCAAGAUCCCUGGAGGAGAACAAGGGCUGCACACCCCUCGCCACUCCACUCCACCCACGGCGGAAGAGGCCUGCUGCCACCAGUGGGUCUUCGCUGUGGAGGGGGACUUGGAGAAUCAUGGAGAAGAGAGGAGGUUCCAGACUCUGUGGUCGCACAGGCACAAGCUGGAGCCCUGGCUUUCCCACGUGGGCCCAGCCCUCAAUCCCUCCGAGGCGCAAGCUUUUCCUCUGGGAAUUCUGUAUAAUUACCAUUGCAGCGGGCCUCAAGGGUCCACAGGGAGACCGGCGCUCGGAAAGUACCCGGCUUUCUGGCUCGACCGGCACUGA